AUGCUACUGUUGUGGUUGUGCCUGCUGCUCUGCCAACUAGCGCCGCUGCAGGCCAGUAUACUCAAUACGCUGUUGGGCGUGCCCGCCGAGUGUGUGCAUCAGAGCGGAGUCUGGCCCUGCAAGCUGAGCUUCUCCUGCUGGCUGCAGGGCGGCAAGCAUGCCAAGGGCUGUGGCAGCAACAAGUGGCUAUUUAGCUGCUGCAUUGCCGAGCCGCAUCAGCAUCAGCAUACGCAUCAGUCGCCGCUGGAGAAUCUGGUCGACUAUGGCAAGCUCAAGCUGGGUCUGAAUAGUCUGCCCAAACGCAUUAUGUUGCGGCGACGCGAUGAUAACGAGCUGCUCAAUCUGAAGCCCGAAUGUGGACUGCCGCGCAUAGCACAGAAUACGCUGCAGAAGCGCAUCAUCGGUGGACGGCCGGCACAGUUUGCAGAGUAUCCGUGGCUGGCGCAUAUACGCAUUGCGGAGUAUCAGUGCGGGGGAGUGCUGAUCUCGGCUAAUAUGGUGGCGACGGCAGCGCAUUGCAUACAGCAGGCACAGCUGCCAGAUAUAACCGUGUAUCUGGGCGAGCUGGACACACAGAAUCUGGGCCACAUACAAGAGCCGCUGCCCGUGGAGAAGCACAGUGUGCUGCAAAAGAUAAUACAUCCGCGCUUCAACUUUCGCAUCACACAGCCGGACCGCUACGAUCUGGCGCUGCUUAAGCUGGCCCGCCCGACGGGUUUCAGCGAACACAUCUUGCCCAUAUGCCUGCCACAGUAUCCCAUACGGCUGGUGGGACGCAAGGGAUUAAUCGCCGGCUGGGGCAAGACAGAGGCGCAUAUGGGUCAUGCGGGCACCAACAUGCUGCAGGUGGCCAGUGUGCCAAUAAUUUCCACCUUGGAGUGCAUUCGAUGGCAUGAGAGCAAACAGAUCAGUGUGGAAAUCAAAUCGGAAAUGUUCUGCGCCGGUCACUCCGACGGGCAUAUGGACGCGUGUUUAGGCGACUCUGGCGGUCCGUUGGUCAUCAAAGAACGGGGUCGCUUUGUGCUCGUGGGCAUAACCAGCGCCGGCUUUGGCUGCGGCGUGGAUCAUCAGCCGGGCAUCUAUCACAAUCUGCAGAAGAGUCUGCGCUGGGUGGAAGACGUCGUGGCGCACAAUGAGCUAUAG